AUGUCCACGGCUGUUGUUAUAAAUCCGCAGUCUCACAACCGCCAUCUGCCUUCAGUCGGCUCACAUACACACCGUCAUAUCAGCAACAGCAGCUGUAACACCACCAACAGCAACACCAAACUUGCCGCAGACACGAUGCCCCACGCUCACGAGACGAAACCUCUCUGGCUCAUCCAGCCACGCCUCGAUGCCGGCGUGUAUCGCGACAAGCUGAUCGGCAGCGUCGUCAAAUACCCAGACCUUCCCACCGAACGCCAUAUCCCCUACCGAACGGGCGCAAAGCUGCCCCGAGACAUUGUAUCGGAUCUCGACCCGAAGCCCAUCCAGGUGCGCAAUGUCAAGUUCUGGACCCGUCGCAUCAAAGAUGCCGGCGUAUCGGCGUCGCUCAACGAGAUUCUCGAGGCGUUUGUGGACCGGGCCAAGGAGGACAAUAGCGAGAAGAUGGCCACGGUAGCGAGGAUAUGGCACAUGGAUUCGCCGGGCGAGAAGUUCAAGGAGCUUCUCAAGAACAAGGAAUAUUUCGAAGAGCUAUUCGAGUUGCUGCGGAGUAACCACGACCAAGGUUACUUUAUCACCGACAUCGUCACCCUGACAAAUAUGGAAAUUAAUGAUUCAACCGGUCGCUUGUCAGGUGUCGGCGCUGAAGUCAAGGUGCCCAUUCCAGAACCUACCUUGAACGUCAACAUCGGUGCUGGAGGCCGUUUCCAAGUCCUCCGAGAAAAGGGCUACUCGGCAUACUAUGAAGAAGAGACCAUUGUCUUCCUCGGAUAUCGACUGGUGCGGCUUGAGAAGGUUGAGGGCACGAGGGCGAAGCUCGGGCGCCUGUUCCUAGGCUCCAAGGCCGGCUUUACAGUGCGUGAUGGGUUCGACUAUUGGCCAGAGUUGGUGGAGAGGGCUGUGGAAGGGAAUGCAGAACCGUUCCUGUCAGCGGAAACACCCAAGGAAGAGAAGAAGGAGCUUGGAGAGGAAGAGGUUGAGUUUGAAGCUAUUGUUGACGAACUGGGGUUUGAUUUUGAGGUGGUGGGAUAA